AUGCUACUAGUGGCUCAGCGAGCCACUAUGGCUAAUCGAGAACGUCGUCGGCGGCGCGCCCCUACUGGACACCAAAAACGGGGAAUUUCAAAGGAUUCCAAAUGUCACUGGAAGUCCGAAGUUUGUGUCCAAAUCGACAAGCGGAAGAGCGGGUUAAUCGAUAAGGAGAAGAAGUCUUCAGUGGACUCAGUGGAAACCAAAAGUUUAUUUGAUUCGACUACAAGCGAAUUCAUCUCAACGAAGAUUGGACAUCAAGAGAAGCCACGAGAGGAAAAAGUGAAGAAAGUCACUCUCGACUCGCCUGUUUGA